UCCAAUGGAUACUACGAGUACAAAGUACUAUACCGAAGAUGAAAUUGAUAAAUUAACAUUGAGCCAAGCAAUAAGAGUAGCGAAAGAAAACAAUAUAUCAACAGACAAAUUGAAAAAACUGAAGGAAAUACUUUGUAAAUUGAAAUCAAAAUUAAUCGAAGAUACACGAAAACGAGAUGAGAUUAUCAAGUCCCUGGAUUUAGUCGCAGCAGAGAACCACGAAUUGAGGAAAGAACUACAUAGUGUGUACGGAGAGGUCAUUGAAUUGUUGAAAAAUGUUGAGCAGGAAGAUGAAAAUAAUCCACUAACAGAUUUACUACAGAGGCAUUACAAAAACUUCCUUCAUCAACUCCAGAAAGAGAAGGGCCGACUAUCUGGAAAUACUUCAAGGUGUCCCAUCCUUGUGUUAGGAGAGACUGGGGCAGGGAAGAGUUCCUUCAUCAACUUGUUGCUAGGCGAAGAGGCCCUGCCUACACAAGUGCUUAGUAACACAAAUGUGAUCUGUGAGAUACAGCACAGCGAUAGCUACUGGGCCAUUCUGUAUACCUCACAAGGUGAAGAAAAGAAAAUUAGCAGUGAAGACAAGUCAGACUUCUUCAAGUGCCUGGCUGAACACAUACAGAAAUCUGAGAAUGACAACAGCACGAUAUACCAGAAAGCUGAAAUAUAUCUUCCCUGUGAUAUCCUAAAGACGGGGCUGGUGAUUGUAGACAGUCCUGGUAUCGGCGACACACCAGAGAUGACCAAGAUGGUUCUGGAUUAUAUCAUUGAGGCUUGUUCAUUCAUCUAUAUCAUCAACAGUGCUAAUGCAGGCGGGGUACAGGAGGAGAGGGUACAAGAGCUGCUGUGUAAUGUAGUGAGGAGAGCUUUCAAUGACCAGCAGGACUACCGUCCAGAGUGUGCCCUGUUUGUGUGUAACAAGUGGGACAGGGUUCCAUUAGCAGAGCGGAAGGAGGUUUAUGAAGAUACUGUUAAAAAACUAACUAGCAAAACUGGUUGGCCAGACUGUAAGAAAACACAGAUAUUUUGCAUCUCUACAACGGAGGCAAGCUAUGUACAGAAGGAUGUUCCACACUGUGUGUUUGGCCAGUUUUCCUGUCUCCUCGAAGAGAUUCUCCGGCUUGUUCCGAAAAGUAGAGAGAUUUUUCUGGUCAAUUCAACGAGAUUUCUGUCAUCAUUCCUUGACAAAUGCAUAUUUUGCAUUGAUACUAGACUUCCAAAAGAUGGCAUGACCGAGGAAGACAGGAAGAAAAAUAUUGAAAGACACAAAACCAAGUUUAUGGAAAUCAAAGACGAUAUCAAAACAUUUUUCAAAGACCAAAAGAAAAAUCUCAAACGCAGAAUCUUUGAAAUUUCUGAAGACCUGAGCAAAUUCUUGAUGCAGAAAGAAAUCAUUGAAGAAAUGUGUAAUGUCACCAAGUAUAAAAAAGCUGUUCAAGCUAAUACAUGGAAAGAUGCAAUGGUUUGUACCAGGGCAGAAUUGUACACUCAAAUCACCGGUCAAAUUCAGAAGUGGGAAAAGAAAAAUGGCUCACUAGAUACAGCCAGUAAAGAAAUAGGACAGGAAUUUCGUGACAAAUUCCCAAACUUUGGUGCUCAGAUAUCUCAAACAGAGAAAAAAUUUCAGGAUGGCGGUACCAGGACACUGCUGGCCCAGGAGGAUGAACCAUUUGUACCCCUGUCUGUUGCUCGUCGAUUUGAAACCUUAGACAUGGGUUUUAAAGUGCUGGUAGGUGUGGGAAUGGCUCCUGUACUUCUGCUAGGUGCUAUUCUUCGUCUUCCAGUGUUUGCGUUUGUGGAGUUGAAGCGUAAAAUCACACAAGUGGCAUUGCAGUCAACAUUUCACUCUAAAGACAAGAAUCAGCAAGAGAGCGCAGUGAGACAGUAUGCGGAGAGUGUUCUGAGGUCUGUUGUUGACCCGAUCAAUCUAGGUCCUCUCAUGAUCAAAGAGGUUCAGCCACUCUUUGGAUAUCUGAAAAGACAGCGUAUCAGCCUAAUAGACGAAGUGGAGGCUGACUUGAAGAUGAUUGAGGAGGCUGAGGAAGACCAGAAGGAGGCUGAUGCAUUCAAGAUAAAAUUUGCACCUGUGAGAGAAAAAUUCCGGAAAAUUGAAGGAAGAACACUCUUUUUUUUAUAUAUGCAUAUGAACAAGCCCCACACCAAAGACUGCAUUCCAGAAUCAGUCCUGGUGGAAUCGGGUAAGAUAUCAGAUGGUUGUCUGUAUCACAUCAUGGAUGCCAGAGUGAGAGACAGUACACUGACACACGACUACACAACUGUUGCUAUAAGACACAGUAAGCUACCUGUGGAUGCCAGCAACAUAAGGCAGGUACUUGAGGAUGAUAAAGCCUAUAGGUAUAGCACCCAGGUACAUACAGUCGGCUGUGUGAAGACAUCCAGAGAUAUCCGACAAGUGAUGCAGCCCCUAUCAUGUAGUCUACGUAAACACCUAUUGAGGACCAUGUCGUCCCAGGAGAGGCCAAAGUACCUACACCAACUGGCUGAAUCGGUAGUAAAAGGUCUUCAGUACCUUCACCAUAGAGGCUUCAUACAUAUGGAUCUGUCUCUGGAUACAAUCAUGGUUGACAAAUAUGGUCAAGUGAAGUUAGUUAACUUGACAUUACCAAAGAAGCUGCCUGCCACUCUGUUCCCAUCUGAUGGUGCCACUAUUAAAUAUGUUCAUUUUGACGGCCGGCUGCUGUACAAACCAGACAAUUGUGUGUAUACCAUCCAACACGACAUGUACUCGGUGGGGAUCAUGAUGUACGAGAUGUGGAGUGGACAUCACGCCUUCCAAGACCGGAUUGAAGAGGGGAUGAAACAGCUCAGUCAGCUGAUCGAUGUUCUGAAGGAGAACAACUUCCAAGCUUUCCUACUGCUGAAGAAAGAGCAGAGCCUGACAAAUGACCAAGUUUGGAUUGACAUGAUUGAAAAGUGUCUUUAUGGAAAAGUGAACAACCCAGAUGCCUGGUUAAAAGGUAUGACCAAUACGACUGGUCUAUCUUUCUUUGGAGAAUAUACCAGCUCUAUGAUAGCUUCAUCGAUGCGAUAGGCCUUGUCUGUGAAUUUAUUCUAAUGGGCUACCAUGGAACUGGCAUGUUCCCCAGUUAAGAUUCAACUGUUUGUGCAUGUAUCCAGGUGAUUUGCAAUAUCAACUUCACUCAAAGACAGCAAUCAAGUUGUUUUGAAGAUAUUUCCACAAUUGACUGUAUAAGAAUACCUAGUCACACUGAGCCAUAUUCAUACAAGUUCCAAAUCACUUUCGGUUUUUGUAAAUGUAUAGUUAUACCCCCUCAACGAAGUUAGGGGGGGUAUACUGGAAUCAGGUUGUCUAUCCGUCCGUCCGUC